UGGGAGUCCAAAGCUGAUGCCAUCUCAAACAUGCCUCAGUACACAUGGGAUGAUUGUGCUUAUAAAGUUUUAAAACAACUGAAUUUAUUUCAGUAUCGUAACAAAAAGCUUUCACUGAAGAAUGUUCUAGCAGUUAGUUCUAAAUGCUUGGAGGGAUGUGCACCUAAGUCAUUAGAAGAUGUUCCGUGGUAUUUUCUUAACAAGGUAAUGAGGUCUGAUUCAAAUGCAGUCGAUAUGAAAUGCAGUUCUGAUGUUUCCAGGCAGUUAAUUAAGCAUCAGCAGUCUGAUAAUUCUGAUUCUGAAUCUGGCAUAGAUGAUAGUAAAGCUGUCACCCUUUCAUCAGUUGUCUGGAUUCAUCCAUUAGAUUUAAUUGUCUCGGUGUUUCUCUGUUCAAAUCCUUUGUUACAAACGGAGCUCAUGGUAAAAAUGUCUGCAUGUCAGUUUGCAUUACCACUGUUACUACCCACAUGGAACAACAGUUGUACCUUCCUUCUGCUGGCGAUCCGUUCAAUUAUAAAGAAGUGGCACCCCAUAGCGAUAAUAAGCAACAGCAAACUUCAGGAAGAAAAUAUAGUUGCAUCACAUAUUCCAGUUUUUUCAUUUUUAAGAGUAGGUAACAUCAGUGUGUCAAAGUCUAAAACAUUGAAUGACAUCCUUAGCAACAAACAACAAUACCAGAACAUCUUUAUCCAUCAUCAGAUGGAUUGUGCAAAUUUACCUCGGAAAAUUUCCAAUGGUCUUGGAGAGAUCACUUGGUAUCUGCCUUGUGGUUCUGAAGACAUUGAUGUUUUUACACGGCCUUUUCAGAUAAUUAAUCUCAGAGGUGAUGGUUAUUCAUUUCCUGCACAAGUACAAUUUUUAACAUUAAUCUCAUCAGCUGUAUUUGUGUUCCUUGAUGGCAUUACAGAAAUAAAACUUCAGUACCUAGAAGGCUUCACAAAAAAUGAUGCGCAGAUCUAUCUUAUAUUAACCUCAAAUUUUAAAUCACAAGAUGCAGAAAAAGAUUUACUAAAGUCAUUUAGACAAAAGUUUAAGUUGAGCAAAAGACAUGUUAUCAUGAAGAGCUCGGAUAUAAAUGACUCUGACUUUACAAGAAUACUUCGUUCUAAACUGCAGUCUGCUGUUGAUCGAUGUAAAGAUACAAAUGUACAGUGUUUAGAGGAGAUGGUUUCCACAGCACACCAGUGCAACAUUAAAGUAGAUGAGGAUGAUGAACAAAUUCAACACACAAAGCGCUGCUCUGAGCAGAUUAUUAGUCUAAUCAACAGUGAUGAUAUAGCACAAUUCAAAUGCCAGAAUUUUGCCUUUCAAGGUGAAACAUGCAAAAAAUUGUCAGAAAUUGAAAAGAAACAAAGUCGUCCAAAAACAUGCUCAGAGAGUUUGGAACUGCAUACUGCUAGACUUGAAAAAGACAAAAGACAAUUACGACAGGAGCUGUUAAAAAAAGGAGUUCCAGAGAUUAUAAAAAGCUUUAUCGAUAAACUGACUCAUUUUUCUGGGAUUGAAAGAGAGCUUUUUCUUUGGUGGCUGAAGCAAAAAUUAGACUCCAAGUCUCAAACUAAAAUGUCUGCUUUAAGAUCACAGUACAGAAAUACAUACGAAGCACUAAGCCAAACAAAAAAGCAAGAAGAAAGACAACAAAAACAGAAUGAACUUAAAAAUAUUAAUAAUAAACUCAGUACAUGCUCACUGGGGUUAGAGCAUUUCAUGCGUGAACUGGCGCAGAUUUAUGAAACUCUCGUAACUGAAAAGGUUAAAACACUUAAAGGAAUUCCCCCAAUUGACACAUUGCCUUCUGUAGCUGCAGAAUUAAUGAUAGAUGGUUUACCACUGGAACUUCUUAAUGGAGAUGCUGGGACCAUACCAGUAAAGUGGAUUUCAGCAGUUCUAAAAAACGUUUCUAAGACUGUGGGAGAAAAACGCAUGUUUGUGCUCACAGUGUUGGGUGUACAAAGCACAGGAAAAUCAACGUUGCUAAACACAAUGUUUGGGCUGCAGUUUGCUGUCAGCAGCGGGAGGUGCACAAGAGGUGCAUUUAUGCAGCUGAUUGAAAUCACCGGUGACCUAAAAUCACAGGUAGGUUAUGAUUUCCUAAUGGUUAUUGACACUGAAGUAUUAAAAGCUCCUGAGUUACUGAAUGUAGCUGACAGUUAUGAACACGAUAAUGAACUGGCAACACUCGUGAUUGGAUUAAGUGAUAUGACCUUAGUAAAUAUGUCCAUGGAACAUUCUGCAGAAAUGAAGGAUGUACUGCAAAUUGUUCUGCAUGCCUUUAUCAGAAUGAAGGAAGUUGGAAAGAAGCCAUUUUGUGUCUUUGUCCAUCAGAAUAUCGGUGACAUUACUGCUCAUGAUAAAAACCUGAUGGGUCACAAGUUCCUUAUAGACCAGUUAGAUGAGAUUACAAGAACUGCAGCAAAAAUGGAAAAAUGUGCUGACAAAUUUAAAAAGUUUUCUGAUAUUAUAGCAUUUGAUCCUAGCACUUCCAAAGGAUACAUUGCAAGUCUGUGGCAUGGCUGUGGCCCCAUGGCAUCUGUUAGUACAGGAUAUAGUGCAAGUGUGUUCAAUCUUAAAAAGUUUAUAUUUCAGACUAUCCUAACCCGUGAUAUGUACAAGUUAACAUUUUCUGGCUUCUGUAAAAUGACUGAGAACAUAUGGAAUGCAGUAAAAAUGGAAAAUUUUUUAUUUAGUUUUAAAAACAGCUUGGUAGCAGAGGCCUACCAUCACCUUACACUAGCGUAUGCUGAAUGGGACUGGGAGAUGAGAAGAGCUGUGCAGGAGUGGACAACUCAGGCUGAAAAUAAAAUUGAAUCAAAUGAAACUGACAUUUGCAGUUCACUGAAAACAGAACUUCAUAUGCUGAUCACAGAAAGAAAAACUAUUGCACUUGGACAUCUGGAAAAGUAUUUUGCAGAUCACUCUGAAAAGGCUAAGCUCCUUGAGGAAUACCGACAAAAGUUUAUUCAUAGUAUUGAUUCUCUUAGCAAAGAGCUAUUUCAUUGUGCCACAGAAAGAUAUCUGGAUACAAUACAAAGAAAAAACACCUUGAAGGAAAUUAGUGUUCUUAAUCAAAACUGCAAAAAUAGACUUGAAAAAUGCAUUUCUAAACUUUUGGAGGAUUGCAAAAGAAAGAAAAGUACAUUGAAUGAUGAGCAGCUGUUAACAUAUUUUAAUAAAAUGUGGCUUAAAGAAACUAACUCUAUUCAACUUCCUCCACCCAAAAAUGUCAACAUAAAGGCAGACAUGGAGAACAGUCUUAGAGAACACAUGCCUGCUUUUUCAGUGCAUGUAAACAAAAAACUGAAACAAGGAAUACCUACAUGGAAGAGGUUUGAUUUUAAAAAUAUAAUGUCAACUGGGGCCAGGAUGUUUCUCAAAUAUGUUUUAUACCAAUCUGAUGAAGAAGAUGCCAGAAGGAAAGCUGACACCAUAGAGAAGAAAUGUAUGGACUUUGUGCAUGAAAUUGUGAACAAAGAUACAGAUUAUGACCCCAGUUACUGGUUUGCAAUUUUACGUAAUGUGGAUGAAAAUGUAAGACAUCAUGAAACCGAAAGGUUUUCAUAUUCAAAUGAAUUUAUUGUGGAUUUGAAGUUUAAUGUAUGCUGUUUUGCAGUCCCUAAGUUUGAGGACAUGCAUAAAAAAUUUAUUGAAAAAAAUGACCCUGUGAAGCUACUUUCUAAAGAGAAAGAUAACUAUGUUCAGUUGUUUCAGGCAUUGUAUAAAACUAAUGAUGCAAUUCAAACAAUGGCUGGAAUUUUUGCUAAAAGCUCACUGAAACCUGCAGUUAUCAAAUCAAUUGAGAAAAAACUAGGGUCUGAUAUUGUUAAUGACAUGAAAAGCAGCUAUUCUGAGGGGCAGUUUAAAACUAGAAUGAACUUUCAUGUAGCAAUUAUGCGUGACUUGCAUGGUAAAGACAUUUUUGAGGAGUACGUAAAGUAUAUUUGUGAUACUGUUUCAUAUGAGCAGGAUUGGCUGCGUGAAAAAAUAAAUCAACAUUGUCAUAAACAAUUUAACGGACAGACUAGGCUGUUUGAAUUGGGCACAGAGAUUUUGAAUGAGUUAGUAUGUCUUCUAAGAAAAGAAAUAGAUCAUGCAAAAGUUAACUGCAAAACAGUACAGGAAUUAUUCUGGCAUGUAAAGGAAAGAGUCCAAAAGUAUUUAGUUAUAUCAUUAAAAGCAGACACAUUUGCAUCUCAGACUGAUCUGCAGUGUUUUGUUAAAUACUUAAAGCGUGAUAUUGAUGAAAUUGUAAAAGACAUAAAAAAGGAAAUUGAAGAAUGGAUAGUUGAUACAAAAAUAGAGUCACUGCCAUCAUCACCCAUCAAAAUACUGCAUAAAACAUUAGCGGGAUGUGGAAAUUACUGCUUCUGGUGUGGGGCCCCUUGUGAGUGCACUGAGCCUGGUCAUGUGACACACAGUUCUAACUAUCAUAGACCAUGGGGAGUUACUGGUUAUAGGGGAGUAUUUACACAGGAGUUAACAGCGGAAUUCUGUACAACACUUGUUGCGAGUGAUACUCUAUUUCAGAACAAAAACACUGACAAUAAAUGUAUUCCUGUCAAGGAAUAUAAAUAUGUUAAUGAUUACUACAGAUCCUGGAUUAUCACACCAGACACAAGUUUGAAAGGAUCUACUUACUGGAAGGCUGUAUUCUAUAAAUAUAAUGAAUGGUUUGCUGAAUUCUACAAAUACUUACCUGCUGAUGUUCCACCUGAAUGGGAUUUUGAAUGGGAAGAUGUGUGCAGAGAUAUUGAAAAUGCUUAUAAUGUAAGGCUAGUAGAAAACAUGUAAGUAGGUCUUAAAAAAGGCUCAAGUAGAGCUGUGUGCUGUAGAAGACAGUUGUGCUAACUUGGUGGCAUUUAUAAAUAUAAAAACAUUUGUACUUGUACAUUGAAUUAUAAACAGCAAAAUUUGUAUUAAUUAUUUUGGCUCUAUUUUGUACAUUAGUAUAACAUAAACUGUAAACUUGUUCAUCAUUUUGUAGGAAUUUGUUUGAAUUGUGCAUACGACUAGAAUAUUUGAAAGCAAGUUUAGAAUGUGCUGGCUUUAAGUAGGAUGAACAUAGCACAUGUACCGAGAUA